UACGGCAAGUUCAAGCAGAGUGGCCUCGCCCAAGGACACGGCACCGGACGGGGACAUCGCACCGCACGGGGGUGAGCCCUCGGGUCUAUCGCGCUGAUCCGUUACAAAUUCUACGACUAUAAAGGUAGUCCACUGCACACAUGCACACGCCUGGUCGAAUACUGUUGCAAACUCAGAAAUGCCGCCGAGACUGGGCUCGCAAGCACAACAGCUACCGCCGGCGGUCAGUAAGGCGCUCACGGACGCUCCACCUUUGAUAGCUCGCGUGCUCGCCUCGCGUUCGGCGGGCGUCGCUGCUAAUCAGCUUGUGGCAUGUUUUGAGGUCCUGAACCGCGCAAUGCCAGCAACAACAAUAGAUGUGAACGACACGAAGGCAUUCCAGCUGCUUGACGCGCUGGCCAGCCACAAAGACACAUUCCUCGCCAGCCUGCUCAAACUCCACGCGACAGCUGCCCGAACGCUCCAGCUGGACGUCCGCGAGGGCUUCUCCGAAUGUGUGUUUGGCUGCGUGGACUUCCUGCGCGCAUACUUUCGCCACGUGCUCAACUCGGAGCUUUCUGCGGCUGCGCGCGACGCGAUCCUGCGCACCCUGCUGGCGGUGGUGCGUAUGGGCACCUUCCAGGCCCUGGCGCGGCAGGCGGCGGACGCCACGGCGGCGUUGCAGGGCCAGGGGGUCAGCAGCGGCAAUACCAGCAGAGGCGGCGCCUUCACACGCCGAAAUCUACACAGUGCGCUCAUGUGCUGCGUGCUGGGCACCCAAAUCUCUUGUCGCUGCCUCGCCGUGCUGACCGAAUUCCUGAAGCUGGUGGUGGAGGGCGGGCUGCCAGCAGCGGUGGCCGGGUCCGCGUGGGACGGUGCAAGCGGCAGUCGCGGCGGCGGCGGCAACAAGCGGCCCGCUCAACUGCUGUGCCUAGCUGACUUCUUCGGGCAGUACGCGCCGGAGCUGCUGACCGCGCUGGCAGACAGCGGCGUGGUGGAGCAGCAGGCGCGGCUGCUGAUGGCGGUAAUGCCGGCGCUGUCGUCGUCACCACCAUCAGCUGCAAUGCCUAUCUACACACGCCUAGUUGAGGGCAAUGUCAAUGCCUGGGUGGGCGUGGUCACAAGCAUGUCCGCAACGACGUCCUUGUUCAACGAGCACGAGGCCAUGAAGCUCCUGCUGCCAGCGGAUGACGCCGCCGCCGUCAUCAACCGCCUGCACCACAUCGCCGCCCGCCUCAUCACCGGGCCCUGCGUGCACUACUGCACCCUGUCCCUGGGCUUGGCGGCGUUGCGCGCGACCGACGGCGGCCGCAGCUACGGCGCGCCGGCGGAGCUGCUCGCCGCACUGUGGUCGAGCAGCUGUAAUGCGCAGAGCGCAAGCGGCAGCGGCGGCGCAGCGGGGGGCUCUUCUGCAAUGGCUGCAGCAGCAGGAUCUGCGCCCUGGCAUCUUGAUGCCGACCUAGGCGUUGAGCUGCUGGUGCACACGGCCCGGCUGCCGCGAUCAGCGGACGCCCUUGAGAAGGACCGCUGCGCCCAGGUGUCUCCACAGCAGGAUGCGCAAGGCAGGCGGCAGGCUGCGGCCGCGGACAAGCUGCAGCUGCAGAGCACUGCACUGCCGCUGCGUGCGACCCUGGACAUUGGCCUGCGGGUAGGGGACCUGGCGGCGGCAUCCGCUGCGUACCAUGCUGCCCUGCGGCAAGGGUGGUCAGGCUGGGACGCGGACGCGGAGGCGGAGGCAGCGGCGGGGGAUGCGUUCGCGAAGGCGUGGGCGGCCCUGGGCAGCGCAGGCAGCAGCUGCGCUGAGGGGCAGCAGUGGUUGCCGCGUGCCCCGGUGCGCGGCCUGCUGCCAGCGGAGGGACAUGUGGCUACCGGCUGGCAUGCGCUUAUGCUCACAUUUUCGUGCUUGCCGGAUGCUUGCAACUUGGAUAUCCCUUGCAGCCUGGGCGUGGUCACGCGCGCGCCGAUCGCCGCUGCGGCGGCCGACCGGUUGUGGCGGCAGCUGUCGCUGCUGCUGCGUCACGGGCUGGGCGGCGCGACUUUGGACGUGUCGGCGAGGCUGCAGGGCCUGCUGGACCACGGCCUGCGGCAGGUGCACACGUCACUGACGAGCGAGGCCGCCUCCUGGCCGAAGGCCGCCGAGCUGCUGACGGAACCCUCGGGCAGCUCGCAGGCGGCGCGAGGCUCAUCGGGCAACGGCGAGGCGGUGGCCGCCGGGGCCGCGGGCAGCGGUACUACGACUCCAGCGCCCGCGCUGCAGCGGGAGCAGGAGCAGCGGGAGCAGCGCCUGGUGUCGCCGUACUGUGCCGGGCUGCGGGCGGGGCUGCGGGCGGGGGGGCUGCUGCCUGAGCUGGUGGAGAAUGCGUUCCGCCGCGCCGCGCGUGAUGACCCGCACGGCGUCUACAACGGCGUGGCAGACCAGCUCGCUAGCUUUCUGCACGGGCGCCUGGAAGUGCUGGUGUGGCUCCUGGCGACCGCGCCCGCGCGGGAGGCUGCGUCGCUGGUGGCCACGCUAGGCAAAGUCCUGCGCCGUGCAAAUGGAAAAGAGAUGUGCACGAGGCCCGGCAGCAGCACACAUGCAGUUCAGCGGCUGACUCUGGGGGCACUUGCGUGCUGCUAUAGCAUGGCGCGUCACACUGCGGCGGAGGCCACCGCUCAUUGCGCACCGGCGCUGAUGCCGUAUGCUGCGCGGGCAGGCACGGAGGGCCCUUCAGCAGCAGUGGACAUGGCACAGGAGUCAAGCGCGUGCCUGCGCCGGGUGAUGACAUCGGAGCGCAUGGUGGCAGUCACGGCGCUGAUGGUGCGGGAGUGGCUGCCCGCCCUGGCCGAGCACACCCGCCGCAGCACGCGGCAGUUUGCGGCGUGCCCGUGCCCCAGUUCAACGGCUGAGGCGUCGCCCUUCUGCGUGAACGAGAGGUGUUGCUUGGGCUGGGUGACGAUGCUCAUUGAACAUGGCAUCAGGAGCGGCAACGGUGGCGGCGCAAGCUCCUCCGGCGCCGCGGGCGGCGCCAUCCCCAGCAGCACCGGCGCCAUCCCCAGUAGCACCGGCGCCAUCCCCAGCAGCACCGGCGCCAUCCCCAGCAGCACCGGCGCCGGCACCCGAACCAGCACGCCGGAUGGGCAGGAGUGGGACUUAGACCCCGAGGUGCGCCGCUUCGUGCUGCACGACCUGUGCGCGGCGCAGCAGCUGCAGUCCGGGCUGCGCGCCCACAAUGCGGUGCGCCGAGGGGGGGCCGACGCGGCUGCCCGCGCCGCGUCGGCAUGGCUGGUCGCGGAGGCGUGCGUGGCCUACGCCGCGCUCGCGCCCGAGGAGUGGCGGGCGUGGGUGGUGGCGGGCGACUGCGAGGAGCCGUGGGUGGCCUACCUGGAAGCUGUGCGAGAUGACGUCGCGGCCAACGACUUGCCAUCAGGAGUAGGACGCCAGUGCGGCGAACCCUUUAUGAAGCUCGUGGAUUGGGCCAAGGGCAUGGGCAGCGGAGAUGAGGCUGCCUGGGGCGGCCUGGUGGCCGAGAUGCGGGUGGCUGUGUGGGCCGGGCGGGCGCAGUGGGCGCUUGCGCUGCCGGGUGGGCGGGCGGUGCUGCUGCCGCUGAGCGAGGCUGGCAGGGCGCUGCAGCUGCCGCGGCUGUGCUCCAACCCAGCCUGUGUGGUGCUGGAGGGCGACUGCGAGGCGGAGCGGCCGCUCAAGGCGUGUGGCGGCUGCGGCGGCGCGGCAGUGUACUGCUGCCGGGGGUGCCAGGUGGCGCACUGGCGGGCGGGGCACAAGCAGGCGUGCGGCCCGGCGCCCUAGGGCAGGCCGGCAGGGGCGUGUCGGCCAUUGGCCAGGCUGGCUGACGCAUGAGGACACCGCUAGCAGGGUACUCCGGGGGGGAGGCGGGGUAGCAGUCGGUUUGCGUGUCGGAUGUGGUUUUGGCAGUUUGACUUGUUGUGCUGCAGUUGUCACGCGUAGUAGCUCAGCGGUUUCCGGCACCACUCCUAGGACGGUGGUGGUGGCCAGGCGUCACGUGCAGUGGAAAUGGAACGGUGAUGGUGGCUGGCGGCACGUGCAGUACAAAUGCUCGGUGCACCCAGCCUUGUUUAAUCCUCUGCACGUGCGGUCCAAUACGCGAUGGCUGCGCUCGGUGCGCUGGCAAAGGGACGGACAUUGGUGUUUGGCGGCGGAACAGCUGCUGUUGCAAAACUUGGUGUGGCAACGGGUAGAGUCGCCCCUAUCACUGCCGGCCACAACUGCACGCGCGCGCCAAGCCGCCAACGCUGUUAAUGAAAGCCAACC